AUGAGCUUUAAAUUCAUGAUAAAUUCACAUAUAUUGAUACACCUUUUAAUUUUGUAUGUAAUGGGUAUUAAUGACUGGUGUGAAGUUAAUGGUGUCAUUUCUUGGUACAAUAACGUUGAAAAGUGUUUCAGAGAUUAUUGGAAUUGCAAUAAAGAUACUUUCAUUUUUGGAAACGGGUGUUGUAUGGGAGAUAUAAAAACAUUCGAAGAAAUUACACCUGGUGGGAAUGAGUAUAGAAUUUUCCAGUUUAUAGAUUAUCAUGUGAUUAAUUUAAAAACUUUAUUUAUUCGAGAAAAAUAUUCAUAUCACAGUUUCUAUAUCCAAGAACGUGCAAGACCUGACGGUUUAUUUGUUUCUGUGGGGUGUUUUAAUAAUGAAACUUUUUGUCGGAAAUCCGUUGAUAAUGGCAAAAUUCUUGGUAUUGAUCUUCAUUUUAAAGCCAUUUCAAUCUACUCAGAUAUCAAGGAAAACAUCAGAAUUGAUAAUUAUAUCACAAGAAUAGACAAACCCCCACAACUUUUUAUUGAUGGAAAAGAAAAACCAAAUUAUGUUGAAUUUCUUUUUAAAUAUUUGGACAUCUAUGGACAACAAUAUUCUCAACUCAGAUUUUUAUUUACAGGAAAUGUAGAUGAAGAGAAUGUAAAAGUGAAAUACGAAAAGUUAAUUAAUAACAAAUAUUUUACUGGAAGAUCAGUGUGUGAACGAAAUGGGUACAAAAGAUUUUUAGCUGUUCUUGAUGAAAAAAUAACAGGCAAUGUGACGACAACUUGUGGUUGUAAACGAGAAAACGACAUGGAAAUAAUAGAAGAUUAUAAUUGGACAUUUCCAGAUUGUAGAUACAACUCAUCUUUAUUUGAUUUGGAUUUAACAACUGAUAAUUUAGAAUCACAGAUUAAUGUGAAUGUUCAAAUUUCAAAAUGGUAUUCUGUUAUCUUCUCUACAUUUAAUAAUUACUUUUUAAACUCCAUAAGCAAAACAAAUUCAAUUUUGACUUUUGAAAAGUUUGAUAUGAACCAAAACACAACGGUCGUUUUUAAUAUAAACGUUUUGAUUAACAAUUUGCAGAUCAAUUCAAUUGGGAUGUAUCAAUUUUCAUAUGAUUUGAAUGUUAUGAAUGUUGUGUAUAACGAGGAAUUUAAAAAUGCAAUUCUUUUUGUUAUAAAAGGAAAAUUGACAAAUAAAAAUAACGUUUUAAGUUCUUGUGGAUUUAGAGCAUUUUACACCAACAAUGAUGGGUAUAUGUGUUAUUGUAAUUACACUCAAGGAACUUGGGACCCAUCAUCUGAGAAUGCUUUAUAUAAAGGAGAUUGCUUUAACUACACAACACAGUCUGAAUUGAUAUUACAACUUAAAACGGAUAAAUACACUUUGACAGAUGAUCAAAAUUGGAAACAAAUAAACGUUCUCGAUAGGACUUUAACUAUUAAUGGUGAUCAUGAAUUAAUUGUGUCAUUUAUUAAACUUGAAAGAGACCUCCUUCUAUAUACAAAAAUGACUGUCAAGAGUGAAAUACAAUUUGUUAAAAACACGCAUUGUAUUGUGAAAAAAGGAGGUUCAUUAGCUAUCGAACAAAACGUACAAAUUUUAUUGAAUGAUGUCACAAACAACAUAAAUUACAAUGGAAAAAUACAAAUUGAAAGAGGAGGAGUUUUUGAAUGUACAAAAUUAUCAAAAGCAAUCAGAUGGUUAAACACACGUCCAACCGACUUUUGCGUUGAAUUAAUUUCAUUUCAAACCUAUCAAAAUAGAAUAUUCACGUUAUCUAAUUCUAUUUUUAUUCAAAACAAAUUAGUGAGAGUCUGUCCAAAUGGCGUUUCUUUAUCACAAAAAACUUGUUGUAAUUUUACUGGGAAUAACAUAGACGAUUAUCAAAGUUAUGAAAACAAAGUACUUCAUUGCCCAAUUAAUACUGAAAAUGCUACUCUUGUAAUCAAAAAUAAAUACUUGAAACAACCGAGCGAUUUCAAAGGUGUGUUUAGUCAAUACUACCAAAACUAUAAACAAAUAACAUUCGAGAAGAAACAAAACUGGAACACACAAUUUAAUGAAACAAAAGAAACUAUAUUAAUGAUAUCGAAAAAUUCUUUAAAUAAAGGAAAUUAUAAACUGCUUUCUGGAACAUCAAAAUUGUUUCUUGGCACCAAUUUUGGUUUUGAAAUAUCCACUCAAAAAUUAAAUUCCAAAUCAGCUCAAAAUGACUUGGUAAUAACCAGUGACACUAACUAUCCAUGUAAAUCGUUGGAAGCAAAAGCAGUUGGUAAUUACAAUUCAAUGUGUUUAGCGUGUAACAAUUCGUAUUAUCUUUUUAACAAUAUAUGUAGUCCUAUAUCAAAAUAUUGUGAUAACAUUUAUACAACUAAGACAUAUUCAAUCUGUGAAGAAUGUAAAUUAGGUUAUGAAGCAAAUAGAAACAACUGUGUACAGUGUGGGUCUCAAUGUCAACAUUGUUCUAAUAACAAGUGUGUACUUUGUAAAAGGAAUUACUACUUUAAUAACAAUGGCAUUUGUACUCGAACAAAUGACGCAAAAGGAAAUAUUGUGUUAUACGAGUUACAAAGUAUAAGAAAGUGUAUUAUUGGAUAUUACAGUUCAUUAGUAAAAUGUCUUCCAUGUUCAGAUAAUUGCAUUCAAUGUUACAACUCUACACUUUGCCAAAUUUGCAACACUAAAAGCUUUUUAGUUGAAAAUGAGACUUCCAAAUUUUGUGAAAUACAGAGUAAUGUUGAACUCUCCAGUAACACUAAAGUGAUCUUCUGCAAAAAUUCGUUUUAUUUAAAUUAUGAAGAAAAUGUGUGUGAAAACUGUUCUAUGAAAUAUGGCGAAUUGUGUGAUUCUUGUGAUUCCAAAAUGUGUUUUAAUUGUUCUCAAAAUGGUAUUAUUAACGCAAUAACAGGACAAUGUGAAGUACUUUCAGAAACAAGUUGUCAAAUGACACCAAAUACUUUUUGCACGAUUUGUGCAACAACCAAUUAUUCAAUCAAUUCCAGCGGCUUUUGUGACAUCAAUACAAACUGUUUAGUAUCUUGGAAAAACGAAAACUGUCAAGUAUGUGACGAAGGGUAUUUCCAUGAUGUCAAUAACUCAUGUAUAACGAUAGAAACACAACAUGAUAAGUGUAUUAAAUUAACACCUGAAAAAGACCGAUGUUACCAGUGUAAAACUGGGUACUAUCUUUCAAACAAUUAUUGUGAAAAAUGUUUUAAUAACUGUAUCGAUUGUUACAAUGAAAGACAGUGUCUUUUGUGUGAAGAUGGAUAUUAUUUACAAGAUAAUGGAUCGUGUGCACUCAUUUCUGGUAUAUCAAAUCAUUGUAAUAGACUUAUAAAAGGUGGUUCCUCGUGCGCGCUUUGUGAUUUUAAAUACUUUAGAAACGCCAAAGGUAUGUGCGAGAAGUGCAUAGAAAGUUGUGCUAAUUGUAAUCAGAAUUCCACGUGUCUUAAUUGUGAAAAAGAAAAUUAUUUAUUAACAGAUUCGACCAAAUGUGUUUCUUAUGAAGAAUUGGUGAAUUGCACAUCAAAAAGUCAGAGUGGUUGUCUGUUGUGUGAUACAGGUUUUUAUAUUGACAAUCAAAGGUGUCUGCCUUGUAAUUCAAAAACAGAUAAUUGUACUGAGUGUGUGCAAUAUGGAGUUUGUGUGCUUUGUGAAGACUCUUUAAUUCUUAAAGGUGAGAAGUGUAUUCCAAUGAGUGGAGUUUCAAAAUGUGUCGAAAUUGUCAAUUCGAAAUGUUCAAAGUGUUCUUUUUGGUAUAUUCCAGAAUCUUCAGGGACGUCUUGUAAUUCACGAGCGGUGUGGUGGGUCAUAUUUAUAAGUGUUUUGUUCAUAGUGAUAAUAAUACUAACACUCAUCUUAUUAACACUCUUACUCAUUUUAAAGGUGUUACAACACAAAAGGCAAGAAGAAGAAAGAAAGAAAACUUGUCUCUUUGUUAUGAGUAGUUCCAAUGUCAAAUUUAUGAAGACUUCAAACCAAGAAAUUGUUGUUAACAUGAAAGAAAUACAAUUUGAAAGUGACUCAUUUGGCGACAUCAAAGUUGGUGAAGAAACGCGUGAAUUGAUCUGUGUUGGCAAUAUCUCCAAAAACACUGUAAAAGUACAGUUUUCUUCAAAAGAAAGCAAUUAUAAAUACUCAUUUAGAACACAACCAAAAGUUAUAGCUAUUCCAAAAGGAAAAGCGUGUGAAUUUGAAAUAUUUUUAACGCCAAACUGUUCGACUAAAAUAAACGACAAAAUUCUUUUAUUCUCUGCAAAUUUGAAAAGUGGAAAGACCACUGAAAUUCAAAUUCAAAUUACAGCGAAAACUGAGAUAUCAACUAAAUUAGACCCAGAUGAGUUAAUUGACAAUAAAAAAGUUGGUGAAGGUAGUUUUGGGAUUGUUUAUCAAGGGGAGUUCAGAGGGAGUGACGUUGCCAUAAAGAAGAUGAAAGAGAUGAAUCAGAGUGAUAAGGCCAUACAAGAGUUUGAGAAGGAAGUUGCCAUGUUAGACAAGUUUAGAAGUGAAUAUAUAAUUCACUUUUAUGGUGCCGUGUUUAUACCAAAUAAGAUUUGUAUUGUAACUGAAUUUGCUCAAUAUGGGAGUGUUAGAGACUUAAUGAAACACAUGAAAAACGAAGAGAUUGCGGUUAACAUGAAAGUCAAAUUGUGUUUAGAUGCGUCUAAAGGUAUUUUGUAUUUACAUGAGAAUGGGGUGUUACAUAGAGAUAUAAAACCAGACAAUUUCCUUGUGUUUUCACUUGAUUCAAACGACAAGGUCAAUGCUAAAUUGACGGAUUUUGGAAGUGCAAGAAAUGUGAAUCAACUUGUUUCUAAUAUGACAUUCACUAAGGGAAUUGGUACACCAAAAUACAUGGCGCCUGAGGUCUUAAACAAAGAAAAAUACACAAAAGGCGCAGACGUCUUUUCAUUUGCUAUUUCAAUGUAUGAAGUGUUUAUCUGGAAAGACCCAUUCCCUAAAGACAAAUUUAUUUUUCCAUGGUCAAUUGCAGAUUUUAUUAGUGCUGGAAAACGAUUUGAAAGACCAGAAGAAAUCCCAAUAAAACUGUUUGAUAUUUUAAAUAUGAUGUGGGAACAAAAUACACAAGAAAGAUGCGAUAUAAAGGAAACUAUCGAAAUGCUUGAAAAUUACUUGAAUUGA